AUGUCAAGAGGUGCACCUAGAGGUAGAGGUAGAGGUAGGGGUAGAGGUGGUUUCGGUUUCGGGUUUGGGGAUAGGAACGCUGCUGGUUCAAAAGAAUGGCAUGAAGCUUUGAGGAUGCCAAAGAAACAUGCGGGAAUGUUAUAUCCUCCAAUGGAUAAAACAUCCUAUCUAUCACCACCAACACCAGAAGAAGAAAGUAUUAUCUCUUUAUCUUUAGAUAUCGAUCGGUUGGUCUCUAGAGGGAUCAUAGAUGGAAUUGGAGGUGGUGUUCCUUGGAGAUUACCAGAUCCACGGAAGAUAGUGGGAAUAGAAAUCGAACAAUGGUCAGAAAAGAUGACAAACCCACAAGCUGGUCCUUCUCAUUACCCCCCUCCGCCCAUCGCUUCCGGUCAGAAAGCUGGGGGACCAGAUGAAAAACUAGAUCCCGAUAAAUUAUAUAUGAAUCCUGAGUUUUUCCCAUCAACUUUGUGGAAAGGGUAUUUCGAAGGAAAAGUGGAAAAACCUAGGAUCAAAAAAGGGAAGAAGAAGAAAGUUGAUGAUGAGGAAGGUGGAGGGGCAGAAGAUGAGAAUAUGUUACAUGAGGCAUUUCGCACGAUUCAAGGAGCACGAAAAGAUUGGAAGAUGGAGGAUGAGAUGUGGAGGAAUGGAAGAGUAUAG